AUGCCCCCCAAGAGGAGAAGUGAUGCAAUUAUUGAUGUUGAAGAUUUUGGUAUGGAGGUGGACGCUGUAGAGGACAUCUGGAGUGACGAAGAGGCCAGGAGAAGAUCUAAAAACAGAAGAGCCAAACCUCAGCGCAAAGCCAAGCGAUACAGUAAUGAAGAGGAAGAUGAGGACGAGGUGCCGAGGACGAGAGGAAGAAAGAAAAAGGCUCAGCGGCGGGUCGGCGAUGGAGAUGAUGAGGACGAUGAUGAUCAUAGAAGUGGGAAAAGCGGAGGCUCCAAAGCUUCCAGGAAGAAAGAAGCGAGGGAUGAAGGCGAGAAUGAGAGUGCAGAGAACCGCGAGAGGAGCAAAAAGGACAAAGGGGAGCAGAAUCAAGAGAAGAAGGGAAAUGCCGAAGGGAGAAGAGGGAAUGAUAAAGGUGGCGAGAAGGACGAAAGGAAGAAGAAGGGCAAGUUGAGCAGCUCCUCUUCCUCCUCCGACUCCGAUGAUGAAUCCCCGUCGGAAGGCGACACGGCGGUCCUGAAGCAAGAGGUGGAGGAGAAGAAGAAACUGAUUGCCACAUUAAGGAAUAAACCUUGGCGUAUGAAGAGGAGGCUGCUUGUGCUCAGGGAGGCGCGGGAAUUCAUUGAAAAGUUUGAAGGAGCUCUCGGGAAAGCAAAGGGAAAGAAACUGUUUGCGUUCAAAGUCAUGAUGGCGAAGAAACUGAUCAAGCUCAAACGUGACUUUGAAAACUUCAAAACGGCGUGCAUACCCUGGGAGAGGAAGAUCAAGGAAGUGGAAAGUCACUUUGGCUCCUCUGUGGCGUCCUACUUCAUAUUUUUGAGGUGGAUGUAUGGACUCAACUUGGUCCUGUUUGGCUUCAUGUUUGGUCUGGUGGUCCUGCCCGAGAUUCUCAUGGGUCUACCGUACGGCUCCAUUCCCAGGAAAACUGUCCCCCGAGAAGAACAAGCGAAAGCCAUGGACUUCUCGGUGCUCUUCGAUUUUGGGGGUUACUGCAAAUAUUCCUUUUUAUUCUAUGGAUACUACGACCAUCAGCGCACCAUCGGCGUGCUGCAAUUCAGGCUUCCGUUGUCAUACUUGCUGGUCGGCGUCGGCAUCUUUGGAUACAGCCUGAUGGUCGUCAUUAGAACGAUGGCCCGAAACUCCAACGAAGGAGGCGACGGUGCUGAAGAGGGCGAGUUCACCUUCGCCUGGAAGAUGUUCACCAGCUGGGACUACCUGAUUGGGAACCCGGAGACGGCAGACAACAAGUAUGCCUCCAUUACCACCAGCUUCAAGGAAUCCAUCGUGGACGAGCAGGAGAACCAGAAGGACGAGAACGUCCACCUGCGUCGCUUCCUGAGGGUGCUUGCCAAUGUUCUGAUCCUGUGCAGCCUCGGCGGCAGCGGUUACCUCAUUUACUUUGUGGUGAAGCGCUCCCAGCAGUUUGCCGACAUGGAUAACGACGAGCUCUCCUGGUUCCAAAAGAACGAGGUGGAGUUUGUGAUGUCUCUGCUGGGCUUGGUGUGUCCUCCUCUUUUCGAAAGUAUCGCCGAACUGGAGGACUAUCACCCGCGAAUUGCGCUCAAGUGGCAACUGGGACGGAUCUUCGCGCUCUUCCUGGGAAACCUUUACACCUUCCUUUUUGCCCUUUUUGAUGAGGUCACUGCAAAAUUAGAGAGUGAGAAGGCGAUCAAGAACGCCAGCGAAUGGGCGUUGAACGCGUACAUUCGCAACUACAGCAGUCACUUCAACACCACAGACGUGCCUCCUCCCGACGUCCACCCGGCCGAUGUCGUCAGGGGACCCUGCUGGGAGACCGCAGUCGGCAUAGAAUUCGUGAAGCUGAUCGUGUCUGACAUGCAAGUCAACUACUUGACCAUUCUGAUCGGGGACUUCCUGCGAGCUGUCGUCGUCCGCUUCCUCAACUACUGCUGGUGCUGGGACCUGGAGGCCGGAUUUCCUUCGUACGGAGAGUUUGACAUCAGUGGAAACGUGCUGGGCCUCAUCUUCAAUCAAGGGAUGAUAUGGAUGGGAGCCUUUUACGCCCCAGGGCUGGUGGGUCUGAACGUACUGCGUCUGCUGUGUUCGAUGUACUAUCAGUGCUGGGCCGUGAUGGCCUGUAACGUUCCUCACGAGCGAGUCUUCAAGGCGUCGCGAUCCAACAACUUCUACAUGGGCCUGUUGCUGCUUGUGCUCUUCCUCAGCCUGUUGCCAGUGGUCUACACCAUCAUGACCCUGUCUCCGUCCUUUGACUGUGGCCCAUUCAGUGGCCAAGAGAAGAUGUACGAUGUAGUCAUGGAGACUAUAGAACAGGAUCUUCCUUCCUUCAUUGGGAACAUAUUCAACUACGCCACCAACCCUGGACUGAUCAUGCCAGCUGUACUCCUUAUGGUCCUGGCCAUAUAUUAUCUGAAUGCAGUGUCGAAGGGAUACCAACAAGCAAACACAGACCUCAAAAGGAAGAUGCAAAUGGCCCGGGAUGAGGAGAAGAAUCGCAAGAACAACAAGGACAGCACUAAUCAAGUCAUGAAAGACUUGGAAGACUUGCUGCCCGACAAAUCGUUGAUGGCAGCUGCCGUUGAGGAGGUGGCGCCCCCACCUGGUAUGCACGUGCACAAAGUUGUCAACUCUCCCAAAAUGAAGCCAGCCAAUGGGAAAGGCCCGAACCUGCAAAGAGAUGUCCCAUUGGCUGCUUCCCUCACCAGGUGUGUGGUGACUCGGGCCCCUGGAUCAAGAGCUCCGCCUCCUGGAAAUGCUCGAGGGCCUCGACCUGAGCAAGGGAGGGGCAGGGGUCGAGGCAGCCCUCCAAGGGAAUAGACGGUGAAAUCCUUAAGGGAAUUUCAAUUUCAUGUAUGAAAAUUCGAGCAACGAAGUCAUAUUUCUUGCGUCUGUAUAGAUUGGUAGCCACCCAGAUCGUGCUAUUCUGGAAAGGUUCAAUCAAGCCGAUUGGACCGUUGUUGUGUGUUGAAGACUUUCACUUUUAAUUCACAAGGCUUCUUUUCGAUUCUCCUUUUAGAACUGAAGAUGAAAGUUUUUCAAAAACAGGAACCGCACGGUUGCCUUGAUUCACCAUUUGCAGAUAUCCCUUGUUUUUAAUCACUAAAUUCAAAAUAUUAAGUGGCAGAAAUCGUUUGGCAUAUGUAUUUGUUUCAUUUGGAAAUCAAUGUAAAUAGAAUGUAAAUGUAUUUGUAUUUUUAUAUGUCAUCUAUAAAAGUAUUUGUGGCAUGUUUCAUUGUGCUCAAUUAAUGCUGCAGUCUAUAUUACAAAGAUUUGAGAGCAGCGCGGUGAACAACUGGUUGGUACACCUGUCUCAUGGUUCUGAGGAACGGGAUUCGAAUCCC